AAUACAAUUCAAAAACACAUGAGUAAUUGAGGUUAGGUUCAUAAGAAAUAGCAAAAAUGUCGAAUUUAACAAAAAUGAUGCAAAUAUAUCGCUUGGGGCGGAUUGCCCUCCAUCAUGGGAAACGCACGAUUUCAAUAACCAACCACACAAUUGCCCCUCGCACCUUAGUUGCAGCACAGCCUAGAAGAUUACUCAGCACGGAGCCAGAACUAAAAGACGACUACCACUCAAUUAUCAAAGAUACAGAAAAACCACUAGGUACCGGCACCAAGCACGAGUUUCAGGCUGAAACGCGAAUGCUACUCGACAUUGUUGCUCGUUCUUUGUACUCCGAAAAGGAAGUAUUUUUACGCGAGUUGAUAUCAAACGCUAGCGACGCCUUGGAAAAAUUCAGGUAUAUCAUUUUAUCGGGUGCCGAGCAAACCAAUAACGUUUUGGAAGCGGAUCGAAGUUUAGAAAUUCACAUCGGUACGGAUAAACAGAAUCGAAUUUUAACUAUUCAGGAUACAGGAAUUGGGAUGACCGAGAGUGAGCUUACUUCCAAUUUAGGGAUAAUUGCGCGAUCCGGGUCAAAGGCUUUCUUGGAGCAAUUAAAAUCAAAAAGUGCAACUGCGGACAAUACCAGUAAUAUUAUUGGGCAGUUUGGAGUUGGUUUUUACAGUGCCUUUAUGGUUGCGGAUAAGGUCGAGGUGUAUUCCAGAGCGGCCACGGAGGAGAAGGGGUUUAAGUGGAGCUCGGAUGGUUCUGGAGUAUACGAAAUUCAGCAAUCAGAUGGUGUACAACUCGGUACAAAAAUUGUGAUUCAUCUCAAAACCGACUGUCGCGAAUUUGCGGACGAUGAACGAAUUAGUACCAUUAUUAAAAAAUACAGCAACUUUGUGGGUAGUCCCAUUUACUUAAAUGGCAAAAAGGUGAAUACCGUACAACCGCUAUGGCUCUUAGAUCCGAAAAGUAUUACAACACAACAGCACAACGAAUUCUAUCGGUAUAUCAGUAACAGCUACGAUACGCCUCGGUUUACAUUGCAUUACAAUACUGAUGUUCCCUUGUCUAUUCAUGCCCUGCUUUACUUCCCUGAAGGAAAACCAGGACUGUUUGAGAUGUCCCGCGAAACUGAAACCGGUGUUGCACUAUACACUAGGAAAAUAUUGAUAAAGAGUCGCACGGACAACAUUCUACCCAAAUGGCUGCGGUUCGUUAAGGGUGUAGUAGACUCGGAUGACAUUCCACUGAAUUUAAGCAGGGAAUUACUGCAAAACAGCGCCUUAAUAAAAAAGCUCAGUAACGUUGUCACAAGUAAAGUGAUUAAGUUCUUACAAGAUAAUGCAACAAAAAACACGGAUGAGUAUAACAAAUUCUACGUGGAUUACGGAAUUUUUUUGAAAGAAGGAAUUAUUACCAACCACGACCAGAAUGAGAAAGAACAGAUUGCCAAGCUGUUACGAUUCGAAUCAUCGCACAAAGAUGUUGAUACGAAGGUAGGACUCACAGAUUAUAUUUCUAGGAUAAAGGACGGGCAAAAGAAUAUUUUUUAUCUUGCUGCACCAAGUCGCACUCUAGCUGAACAAUCCCCGUAUUACGAAUCGCUGAAACGCAGAGAUCAAGAAGUUUUGUUCUGCUAUGAGCCCUACGAUGAGCUAGUUCUGAUGCAGUUGCAACAGUUUUCCGGGCAUAGACUGGUAUCUGUCGAAAAGGACAUGAGGGACGAUAAAGCUGCGAGCGAUCUCACUAAUUUAGGCGAUGACAGUUUGAAACGAAGCGAAAUCAACGAUUUAACAAAGUGGAUGCAGGACGCGCUGAGCGGGAAAGCAUUUAAAGUACACGCGACAACAAGGCUGGAAAGUCAUCCGUGCGUCGUUACCGUUGAAGAAAUGGCAGCCGCUCGUCAUUUCAUCAAAACCCAAAGCCAUCAAAUGUCAGAAGAUCGGAGAUAUGCCUUGUUGCAACCUCAGUUGGAAAUUAAUCCAUCGCAUCCUGUAAUAAAAAAGCUGUACAAAUUAAUGAGUAGCGAUUCGGAAUUAGCGACGCUUUUAACAAAACAGCUUUUCGCAAAUUCGAUGGUUGGAGCAGGGUUGGUGGAUGAUCCGAGAACUUUGCUGACUUCUAUGAAUGAUUUACUUACUAGAGCGCUAGAGAAACAUUAGUUAAUUAAUUUUUGUAAUUUGUUUUUGUACAUAAACUGUAUUAAAGAUGUCUUUGGAUACGGA